CGAUUGUGACAUGACUGACGUGUGUGGUAUGUGAUAGCCUGUUGAUAAGGAUUUUACCUUUAGUUUUUAUGUUUUUUGUGCAAAAUCGUAAGGUUUUACUAAAAUGGGGAUAUUUACAUCCUGCUGUAGGCCAUCCGCGUCAGACAUAUUGACGCCUGAUGCUGAGACUAGACGCCGGCAGCAGGUGGAGGCAGCGGAGCGGCGCGCCAACCAGGAGGCGUCCCGCGGCGUCCGCGACCCGGAGAAGAUGCGACGCAUUCAGCAGCGAAAUGAGGAGAUGGAGAAAAGGGAGCAGGAGCUCACCCGGCAGGGCGGCGCGGCUUUGAAGUGGACGUCAGACUGAGAUCAGGCCCCCGGGAGCAGUCAGAGCGGUCAGGGAAGUCAGUCUGGUCAGGCAAGUCUGCCCGGUCAGACCAGUCAACCGGGUCAGACUAAUCCCACUCCCCAAGACAAAAAUGACAAAUACAGGUACAAAAACUGACCGGCUCCAGAUCAAGGAUCUAAAGUUUACUGCACAACAGAUUACUGACCACACAAUCUCUUAGACUAGAAUAAUACCUGUUAUUUAUACUCAUCAUUCAAUAUUGAAUCCUAACUCGAAACACUCAAGGUUUAAACUAGCAUUCGAUUGUGGUACACUUCAUAAAUUAGGACUUAUGUCCAUGACAUAAGAUUCAAUAUUGAAUGUUUCUACAAAAAGACACCUUUUUCUUGUCUGUUCGCCAAUGCAAAGAUAUAAGAAUAAUAUAUUUAUAGGUGUUGUGUUACAUGUAAUUAAAGUAUUAUUGAAGACAAUUGCAGUCAUAGACAUGAGUUGUAUAUUUUUAAUAUAAGUAGUUGUGUUAUUAAGUUUGAGUAUAGAUGUACAACCAGCUGUCAUUUUUCUAGGCAAUGGCAGCAAAUACUUCUGCCAUUAAUGUGACCUUACAUGAGGAUACUGUAUCAGCUUAUUGAGCCUUGCAUUCAUAAAAUUACUUUCGAUAGAUUUAAAAAGACCAACGUCGACAUAUCGUAUUCAACUUUUUGUAAUCUUCAAAAUGAUUUGUAUUGAGAAUUACUUAAUGAAUUUCAUUGUAAAUGUGUAAUUGACAGAGCUUGCGUUGUUGUUUGCUUUCUUCGCCACUAGUCAUGUAACCCUGAAGCUUUUUUUAACGUGUGUCAUCGACGAAUGUAGAAAGAUCUCAGACUUGUCACUUGAAUGGUCUAUCAGUUUUUAUUCCUCUGUUAUAGCCGCUACACAUGGCUCGAAAUAGACUUAAUUUUCACUGUAAUCUCAAAUUAGAAGUCACGACUCAAAGAAAUGCUUUAAGAAAAUAUUUUGAUACUUAAAAGCUUGGACAAACUUAACCAAUAACUUCAUUUUCAGGACCUACUUUCCCAUAUUUGAAAUCCGUAAAGUUAGAUUUUCCUUCAUGUAGUAAAAAUGGGUCAGAUUGAUUGUUAUUCAAAAGUUUAUUAGUUUAUUCUUGCGCUUACUCCAACACCCAACGUGUUUUAAGCUCCAUAGGAAUCCUUAAUCAGCUUGACUUGUCAACUACCGCGAAAGUAAACCAUAAAAUUCUUCCAUACAAAAUUGCUAUUUAUUUGGUGUCUCUUAUUAUAAAUGGUGUUUUAUCAAGUAUUGUAUAUGCCUACCUAUUUAAUGGAUAUUGUUGAUGUUUUGCUGUCUAUAAUAUUCGAUGUGAACAGUAUAAUCAGUAAUUUUGCAAACGUUAUCAUUAUUUAUUGUAUUAAGUGUAUAAAUGGAUGUUUAUAUUAUAUUGAGGAUACUUGAUGUUGUAGCCACUCUGCGUAACCGUUUAUUUUUCAUUUUGUCUGGAUGUAGUAUUACUCUAACUAUGUUUCUCAACUUGAUAUAACGAAACAGAAAUUUUGUGAUUGAUAUUAUCAAUUAAAGUAAUUUAGAUUAGUAUCGAAACUGGUCUUGGGAACAUUAUAUAUUCAAGGAAAGUUAUAACGAAUCAAUGACUGUAUCUUCAGUAUUAUUGACAAUCGAAACUUGUAAAGUAAGCCACCGUUGGCCUAUGUAGUCUAAAAUAUUUUGUUAUUUCACGAAUUAUUCAAAAUCUAAAUCUUAUCUAUUGCUCAAUGUGUAGAAAUGAAACUUAUACAAUUUUUAGAUACAUUUAAAACGUCACUAUUUCUAACGGACGUGAGACAGACAUUGACUUUUGUAAAAUGUCGAAUUUAGCGAUGUGGCUACUACAUUCGCACUGAUUGUAAGUAAUUUAAGGUAUAUCAAAAUAAAUGUAUUUAAAUGUGUUAUAAG